AAGCCAUGAGGAGACCACAAGACUGUCACCUUGCUGGCCCGGCCAUCGUGUCUGGCAGCGGGAUCUCGACAAAGAACCUAUACUCCUGUCGUCACCCUUGCAUCCGAAUGAAGUCGAAGAAAGCAACCCAUGCAGUGGUGUCGACUAUGCGCUAGCUAUGUAACAGCAACAAACGAGCUCCACCCAUCUCCGGCCAUAACCGGCCUCAGCCGGCCUCCCUCCCCAUUUUUUUCCCAAGACGCCCGAUCGAAACGGCCGGAGAAAUUCCGGCCGUUAUCUCCCGUGGUCGGGGUGCUCUUAACGGGCUUUGACGGUGAAAACGCUUCCUCUGACCGGUUCGGACCGUUGCGGUGCUCCGUUAUCGGGCCAUAGCAACUCCUCAGCUAAUCAACCCCUCACCCGGCCAGCCCGCCAUGUCAACCUCGAUUAGGAAGGCGAGAAUGUCAAAUGUCAACAGCAGGGCUAAGACAGGUGGAGCUAUCAUGGGCUAGGAUUCUUUACCUUUAAAACUCAAUUUGAACGUCUCACUGCCAUACCAAACUCAUUGCACAUAAAACUUGCUAAUCACCAGUCGUGUGUGCUGUCAACUUACACUUUACACCAAAACUACCCCGCGAUCCGGAUCCGAACCCCGAUCCACUCCCGGCCCGGGCUCAAACACACCAUCACAAUGUCUUCCCCCGAAACCCUCACCUUGGCCUCCGUCCAAGAAGCUCACAAACUCAUCAAACCCUUCAUCCACCAGACCCCCGUCCUCACCUCAACCUACAUCAACACCCUCGCCUCCACCCCCCAAACCCCCGAAUCCCUCUCCAACACAGAGUGGUCCGACCAAAUACCCUCCAACCCCAUCCUCCGCAUCCAUUUCAAAUGCGAAAACUUCCAACGCAUCGGCGCCUUCAAGGCCCGCGGUGCUUUCCACGCCAUCGAACGCCUAAAGCAAUCGCCCGACUUUGACCCCUCCCGCGGUGUGGUAACUCACUCAUCAGGCAACCACGCCCAAGCCCUCUCUCUAGCCGCCAAAACCUCCUCCAUCCCAGCCUACAUCGUCAUGCCCACAAUCUCCACCCCCUCCAAAAUAGCCGCCACCCUCUCCUACUCCGCCCAAAUCACCUUCUCCGGCCCCACAGCCCCAGAGCGCGAAGCCGCCGCCCAGAAAAUCAUCUCCUCCACCGGCGCAGCCCUCAUCCCCCCCUACGACCACCCUCACAUCAUCGCCGGCCAGGGAACCGCCGCCCUCGAGCUUCUAUCCCAAGUCCCCACCCCCCUAAACGCAAUCAUCACCCCCUGCGGAGGCGGCGGUCUCCUCUCCGGCACCGCCCUCGCCUGCUCCGAGAGCAAGACAAAAGUCUUUGGUGCUGAGCCCUCCUUUGAGGGGGCAGACGACGGCAAGAGGGGGUAUUACUCUGGUAAGAGAGUCGAGGCCGUCAAGUCGCUGACCAUUGGUGAUGGGCUGAGGACGCCGGUGGGCAAGAUACCCUGGAGUAUCAUUUAUGAAAGGAGGUUGGUCGACGGGAUGUACUCCGUCACCGAAGACCAGAUCAGGGCGGCCAUGAGGCUGGUGUAUGAGCGCCUUAAGGUGGUGGUUGAGCCCUCUGCUGUGGUCGGCUUAGCAGUUGCGCUGUAUAACGAGGAUUUUAGGAAAAUGGUUGAGCAGGAAGGGGGGGAGGAGGGGUGGGAUCUGGGGGUGGUGUUUAGUGGUGGAAAUGUGAGUUUGGCUGCGUUGGGGGAGCUGUUCAAGGACCAGUGAAUGUUGAGAC